GAAACGAAACGCAAAGCAGGAAGAGAUUAUGCUCUCCUUUAUGCAGCAAAAUGAAGGAAUUGCUAAAGGUUUUUCGAAAGGCGACAGGGUUCAGAUUGAAGCGAAAUGGGCAGAACUAACCAGCUCCCUCAAUGCUGUCGGUCCGCCCUGCAAGGAUUUGGGUGGGUGGAAGAAGUCUUGGGUGGAUUGGAAGGCCACUAUCAAGAAAAAGCUGGCAAGCAACCGCCGAGAAAACAUGGCCACUGGUGGCGGCCCAUAUUCGCAGCAGGUUAUUUCCCCCACUGAAGAAGCAGUUGCGGUGGUUUGCAACCUUUACAGGGCUGUAGAAGGUAUUAGGGGCGCAAAUACUUUUGGCCACGCUUCAGUCCAAAGCGUAGUUGUCGGCGAGGAGGCCACCGACCUUGCUGCUGAAAAUGUUGGCAAUGAAAGCAACACAAGCUUUAUAGAAGUGAUUGACGAUACAAUCGAAGCCACUGGGCCACAAAGCACAUCAAGGCAGCGUCGACAUUCAACUGACGCAUUCGAAGUGGUUUGCAUUGAGCAAAACAGUAUACUAAACCGUAUUGCCAAAGUAUUGGACGAAGUGCUGGUGCAGAAGAAAAACGAGUUCAAAGUAAUGGAGGAAAAAGAACAGGAGAGGAAAAGACACUAUCAAAGAAUGGAAGAAAUAGAGCAGGAGAAAUUGGAAACGCUAAAGAAGUUUCUAUAAUGCAAAGUUAAAGUUGUGAAAAAUAUCAUAUGUUGCUGUGAAUCUGUGUUCAUUAAAUAUAAGUGAUGUGUAUAAACGUGUGUAGAUGUAGCAAAUUUCCCAGCGAAAAUUCAAAAUAAUUCCUAGUGGUAACUAAUUAUUGAAGGAAUUACGAUUACUUUUAACUAUGCAUUUCUGGUAACGCAAAAUGGUAUACAAGGCAUUACCACCUAUAAUAAGAUAAUAUUGAAGUAAUAUAUUUCUGAAACUAAAGUUAUUGCCGAAUAUUGCUGAUGAGCUUAUCAUAUGUAGGUGUUAAUGCCGUGCAUACCAUUUUGCAUUGCCAGAAAUGCAUAGUUAAAAGUAAUCGUAAUUCCUUCAAUAAUUAGUUACCACUAGGAAUUAUUUUGAAUUUUCGCUGAGAAGUUUUGCUACAUGUAGGUUUUCAUAUACAUAUAUACAGUUGCGCUCACGUAAAUAGCACACCUGUAUUCACAAUGUUUUGCGUAAUAAAUUUUGUUCGUUAUUUAUUUAUAAAAAUAUAGAAGAUUCUAAGUAUAAAACUCUGUGCACAAUUCAGGAAAAUGAAACAAAUCUCAAAGUUUUUCUACUUUAGAAACUUAUUGGGUAUGCAGUUUUGUAGCCCAUUCAAUUUUAGAAUACUAAUGUACAGGUUUGAAAAUUCUGAAAAAUAAAUAAUAAAUAAAUAACGAACAAAAUUUAUAACGCAAAACAUUGUCAAUAUUGUAAGAAAUAAAAGUGUGCUUUUUACGUGAGCGCCUAUGUACAUAUACACACAUAUACAGUUACUCAAAAAUUUUUUAUUUGAUUUUUACACGACAUUGAAAAUGUUUUUCAUGGUAAAUUUUUGUUUUUAAACAUCUUAUAAAAAAUAGUUAAUUUGAUAACAAAACUAUGAACUAAAAUUAAACUUUUUGAAAAAAGAAUUAACAAAACAAUUUUCCAAGGAAAACAUUUUCAAUGUGGUAAAAAAAAUUUAUCAAAAUACUUUCUUUACUACCUACCUGUAUGUAUUUCUAGAAAUUUCUAUCAAAAACGUCCAAAUUUGUGUGUAUUUUAUUUUUUUAUUUUUUUACUCUGUCCAAAGACUGAAACUUGAAUUAAUCUGAUUUUUGUUAGAGACCUAACAAUGUUUUAAAUAAAAUAUCAAAACUUGUCAAUACGA